AUGUUCUUCGAGGGAGGUCGAAUCGUGGCCAUGCGCGAGAUGAUCUUGGCCGCAGAUGAGGCGGAUCGCAAGGCAGCGCUGGCCAAGUUGCUCGUGAUGCAGCGCGAGGACAUCACGGAGCUCUUCCGGAUUAUGGAUGGCUUGCCCGUGACCGUCCGGUUGCUUGAUCCUCCUUUGCACGAGUUCAUUCCCCACACGGAGGCGGAGAUGGCUUCCGUGGCCAAGGCUGCCGGCGUGCCUUUCGAGCGGGUACGGCGUAGGGCCACAGAGCUGCGUGAAGCCAACCCCAUGCUUGGGCACCGCGGUUGCAGACUUGCCAUCACUUACCCGGAGAUUUGCGAGAUGCAAGCCCGUGCCAUCUUUGAAGCAGCCGCGGAAGUGGGACGCACAUCUCAGUCCGGCCGCACGCCUGUGGCGGAGGUGAUGGUGCCCUUGGUCGCGACGCUGCAGGAGCUGGACCUGCUGAAGCGGGUCAUCGAGAAGACGGCCCAGGCGGUGCAGACGGAGCAAGGCGUCGCCUUCAACUAUCACAUUGGUACGAUGAUAGAAUUGCCUCGCGCCGCUCUACAGGCCGGCAAAUUGGCCGGACUUGCCGAGUUCUUCAGCUUCGGCACCAACGAUCUCACCCAAACGACAUAUGGCCUGAGCCGAGACGAUGCCGGGUCCUUCCUUCCGGAGUACAAGGAGAAGGGCAUCGUGGAGCAGGACGGGCUGGCCCAAAGGCAGAAGGCAGGUGCGCCUGACACAAGCAAGAGCGUGUCUGGGAAAGGCUCGUGA